AUGUUGCGAAGUAGCCGAACACUAUGGACGAGCUCUGCUAGGAGUCUUGUCUCUAAAGAUCCAUCAACAAUUACGCCUCGGCCGCUGGCAACACGCGCCCGCUCGUUGUACCAGUCUCAUUUGCCCCGUCGUCUCGCAGACCCCAAGCCACUGUAUCUCGUUCACAAGACGUAUUUUGCAACUAAACCCGCGAACCCAGAGGAAGAGAAGAAAUGGGGCCAGGAGAAACUGAAACCUCACCCAGAGUCGGUAUCGACUGAAUCUAGCGUCCGCCAAUUCCUAGAACCAGAUCAGUCGCGUAGCUCUGCACAGCCCGUUCAAGAAGGAAUAGCACAUGACCUGAACCUCGUCAAAGAGACGUUUGCAUUGAGUACGGUGCCCAAAGAAUCUUACGUCCUAGGCCUCGCCGGCACCAUUCCCUACCUCGCGACAUCCUGCAGCAACUUAUACCUGUCCUGGGCUCUGAACACCGACUGGCCUACGUCGUCCAACUUUCUCAACAGCAUCCUCAUGAACCAUGAAAAUGCAAGGUAUUGGCUUAGCGUCAUUGAACCAUUGCAGAUGGGCUACGGGGCGGUCAUCAUCAGCUUCCUUGGCGCCAUACACUGGGGACUUGAGUAUGCUGAGAAAAAGCCAAGCUAUCCACGAACACAGUUCCGAUAUGGGCUUGGUGUGCUGGCAUCAGUUGUGGCUUGGCCUACUCUCUUCAUGCCUUGGCAGUUCGCCAUGACUUCCCAAUUCGCUGCAUUCGUAGGUUUAUAUUUUGCCGACUCUCGAGCUACUGUUCGUGGCUGGGCGCCAUAUUGGUACGGCACAUACCGCUUUGUGCUGACUGCCAUUGUCGGCGUUGCCAUCAUGUUGAGUCUCAUUGGGCGAGCCAAGAUCGGCGAUACAGCUCCAAGAUUGUCUGGUCUGGGAGAAAAGUUCCAUCAAACCCACGGUGAAGAGGCUUACAAUUCCAAGUGGGCCGCAGCUGAGUCCGAAGAGAAACAGCGCCAAAAGAAACAAGAGGAGGAGGAUGAGAAACGCAAGAAGGAAGAGGAGGCCAAGAAGAAGAAGGAGAAAAAGGCCCAGAAGUCAAAGGACACGAGCCAGGAGAAGAAGGAGGCCAAGAAAUCUGAAGAGGGUCAAGAUUCGGAUAAAAAAGACAUUAAGAACGAUGAGAAAAAGGCUGAGGGUAAGAAGGAUAAGGACGAACCCGAAAACAAGGAGAACCAGGAACAAAAUUCCUAA